AAAUAUUAUUUGUGUAUACCAUGGUGUGAAAAGGGUUGAGAGGCACUGCUCAGUUCAUCACUCUUUCACUCUCCUAGAUUACUUUUUCACAUCUCUCUUUAAAUCUCCAAGACUUCUUCCAUCCCAAGGACCAUACUUUGUACUCAAGCAGUAAGGAGAGAAUUUCUGCAUCGUCACACCAGUGCAUCUGGAUAUUCCAGUGGAAUGCUACUUUGUGAAAUGCAAUGGAUUACUCGUUAACACCAGUGACACAGUGCAGCAUGGAGCUGUUUAUAGUUUGGAACCCAGACUUCGUGGUGGAAAAGGAGGUUUUGGCUCUAUGCUCCGAGCACUUGGUGCUCAGAUUGAGAAGACAACCAAUCGAGAAGCUUGCCGGGAUCUCAGUGGAAGGAGACUGCGAGAUGUCAAUCACGAAAAAGCAAUGGCUGAAUGGGUAAAACAACAAGCCGAGCGAGAGGCUGAAAAGGAGCAAAAGCGCUUGGAACGACUGCAGCGGAAGCUUGCAGAACCCAGGCACUGCUUCACCAGCCCCGACUACCAGCAGCAGUGCCAUGAGAUGGCCGAGCGUCUGGAGGAUUCCGUCCUCCGAGGUAUGCAGGCUGCCUCCAGCAAGACGGUAUCGGCAGAAGUCGGUGAGAGUCGGAAACGGCCUAACAAAUCAAAAACAGACAGAGCAGCCAGUGCAGAGAAAAGGAAAUGCUUUUGGUUGGGCAUGGAAGGACUAGAGACUGCAGAAGGGUCUGGCUCUGAGAGCUCCGAUGAUGACAGUGCAGAAGCACCUAGUACUUCAGGAAUGAGCUUUCACGUUCCCCAAAAUGGCGGUGAUGUUGUUGAGAUGGCAGCCGAAUUUCCUAGUAGCUCUCAGCAGGCAAGAGUAUUGAGUGCAGACUCUAGAUCACGAGAAAAACUACAGACCCCUGUGACGGACUCUGGGAAUGGUAUUUCAGAAGACUUGUAUGCUGAGCUGGGAGAGGCAUCUACCCAGGAGUACAUGGAAAGGAAGAUGGCUUUAGAAACAGAGAAAACCCAGGAGAAAAAUGAGGCAGAGAGUAAAGAACCCUUAGAAAAGGAAGCAGCUGGAGUUGGACUGAAUAAGGAGCAGGAGACCAAAGAAAUGACUGAUGGGGAAAGAGGUGCCAAGGGAGCCCCUGGAGGAGACAGGGAAAACAUACCUGUUGCCAAGCUGGAGGAAAGCCAGUCAGGAAACACAGGCUUCCCUGGUGGCGCAGUGGUUGAGAGUCCGCCUGCUGAUGCAGGGGACACGGGUUCGUGCCCCGGUACGGGAAGAUACCACGUGCCGCGGAGCGGCUGGGCCCGUGAGCCAUGGCUGCUGGGCCUGCGCGUCCGGAGCCUGUGCUCCGCAACGGGAGAGGCUACAACAGUGAGAGGCCCGCAUGCCGCAAGAAAAAAAAAAAAAACCCUAGGUGGUGAACGUUUUCAUUCUUUGAAGAGCACCCGUCAUUAGAAGUAUUUAAUUAAAAAAAAAAAAAGUAUUUACUUUUGUCUUAAAGUCUAUAAAGGUACUUGGUGGAUAGAACAGUUGCAAGUCUUUUGAACAGCAUUUAAAUUUGUCAAGUUAUAUAAGUGAGAACUUUGAUAAUCACAGUUAUUUGAUUAAAAUAGAAAGCUUAGGAUUAUGGGGUUAGUAGAUUCACAGGCAUAGGAAUCUCAUUAAAAUGAGGCUUUAUAGGGGUGCUGCUCUUUUCUCUGAUCAUGGUAUGGGGGUAGGUGAGGUACAUUUUGCUGUUUGAAUUUUUACCGGAAAAAUCAAAAAAGAAAAGUAAUAUUAAGAAUUUGUUCAAGAAUUCUAUAACUUGUUACUCUUCUGAAUACUUGUUUCUAAGUAUAUAGAUAGAAAAUUAAUAUUUAUUAAUUAUAUGUAUUGACAAUGUAGAGAAUAGCUUGAUUAUUAAAAUUCAGUAGUGAGAUAUGGCGUAUUAAAUGAAGAUUUCUUGUAAAACAGAAGGUCGAUGACAAUUGAAGGAAGUUUUAUUAAGAGGAAUGGACCUAUUUAAAAUUUUUCUUUCUUUUUCUUCUUCUCAGGAUAUUGGUCAGGAAACUGUAGAUUUACUGGCGUUCAGCUCUGUUGCGGAAGUGGAGUUGCUGGGUUUGGAGAAGCUCAAGUGUGAACUCACGG